CAAUUUAAAAUGAGCUGCCUCAUAUUCUUUAGUUUUGUGUAGAUUUUUCUUUCAAGCGAUAGGGUUUUGUGGCACAUGAUAUUAACUAUAAUCUAAAGAUGGCCAUGCCACUAGAUGCAAUUUAAAACUUGAGACAAGAAAAGCUUGGCGAGGACAAGUCUCCCUUUUAAUAAGAGAUGGGAUAUAUUGGUCCUUCAAGGAGAUCUCUCCCUUCCAUUUUAAAAGGGUGAUGUGCAUAAUCCAAUCAACUCUAUCCGUCCCACUUCUUCUCCACUUUGUUCAUCUUCUUCUUUCAAGUCUUCCUUCUAGCUAGGUCUUCGUUCUUGGAUAUGAGUGGGAGCAACUUUGGGGACAACAUGGGGUGGAGCAGUAGUGGGAGAUCGUCUGGCUCCAGAAAGGGCAAGAGAGGCGGCGGCGGCAGCGGCGGCGCCGACAAGCCCAAGCAGCCGCAGCGGGGGCUCGGCGUGGCGCAGCUGGAGAAGAUUAGGUUACAGAGUGAAAUGGCCGAGUACUUCCAUCCUCUCGGCCAGCCCCCCAGCUUGAUCCACAGAACGGGCAGCCUUAGCUUGGAGGAUGCACGGGCGUCGACGUCCUCCCUGUCGUCGUCUCCAUCGUCCGGCCUCCAUGCUACCACCGUCUCGUCGCCAUUCCCAAUCCAUCCAAAUUUUGCGAUGGCAUAUAGAGAGAGAGGAGACGUACGAUACAGUGAAUUCCAAACUCCCAUCAUCAGAUCACCGAGCAGCAGUGCUAUCUAUGGCGCCCCACAUUACUCUCAUCCUGGCAUCACAUUGCCACUCUUUGAACCAGAGUUUUGUCAGGAAUCCGCUCGCUUGAAGGGACAUCAUGAUCGAAGCCGGUCGGCAGAUUCGACAAGUAUGAACUCCGAUGAUCCGCAAGACGUGGACCUCGAGCUCAAGCUAUGAUCCUAAAAUGUUCCUCAUCCUUUCCCCUCUCCUUCAAACGUGAUGUGAUAGCUAGUCUUGAUGGGGGUUUUUUCUGUUGUGGUGCAAUAAGUUUCUCAAUUGGUGCCACUAGCUGAACCAAAGGUUUUGCCAUCUUCUGUAAUGCCUACCAGAAGAGAGGAAUAGAUUUCACAUUCUUUUUUAUCAAGACAUGUUGUGUGCAUGGGUAUGGGAUCUGGUGGUAUCUAGCAGUUGUUUUGAUUGACUGUGAA